AUGCAGAAGGGCCUUAGAAUUAUUGAGCAGUGGUGCUUGUCUGUGGGGCUGAACGUUAACCCAACCAAGACCACAGUAGUUCCGUUCACGCGGAAGAGGAACCUUCCAGCCAUGAAGACGUUAACAUUAAACGGUAAUAUCUUGGAGUGGGGGUCUGAAGUCAAAUACCUAGGAAUAACCCUGGACAGCAAACUUCUGUGGAAUAAGCAUGUUGAUAAUGCUACUGGCAAAGCUACAAGGGCUCUGAUGGCGUGCAGACGUCUAUGCGGCAGGAAUUGGGGUUGUAACCCAAAAAUACUGCGAUGGAUGUACGUCAUGAUUGUAAGACCUAUAAUCACAUAUGGGGCAGUAGCCUGGUUUGCUAAGGCAGGAGCCAUGAGGACGCUUGAGAUCAUCACAGACCUCACACCUCUACAUCUAGUGAUUGAUAGGGUAGCUCAUGAGGCCAUCCUCAGAUUAUCUAAGGAAGGAACAGGUAACGAGAGAAUCAAGAGUCAGAGAGUUUGGUCCUCCCUGAACGACUACAUCUCAUCUGCAAACCUUCCUAGUGACUUAAUGAUCAAGAAAGUAAGCAUUGAGAAAAAUUUCAGUACAAUGCUAAGUAAAAGAAGAGAUUGGGAACGGGAGUACACCGCCUACAAUCUUAAAGAAAAUACAUUAAAAUGGUAUACAGAUGGUUCUAAAACCGCUACAGGAGCUGGCGCUGGGAUUUAUGGGAUCAAAGAUAAGGAUGGUAGUAAAAACCUCUAA